AUGGCCCCUACUGCUUCCACCUUCCCCCUCAGCCAGACCCUCAUGACGGGCUCCUCCUCCAUCAUCGACGCCCCCGUCAACCCCGCUAAGCCCUUCGCGGGCAAGGUCGCUGUAGUCACCGGUUCCGGCCGCGGCAUCGGCAAGGGCAUCGCCCUCGAGCUCGCCAAGCGCGGCUGCGACGUCGUCGUCAACUACGGCUCCAGCGCCAAGGCCGCCGAGGACACCGUCACCGAGCUCAGGUCUUUCGGCACCAACCCCAUCGCUCUCCAGGCCGAUAUCAGCAAGCCCGCUCAGGUGGCCGACCUCUUCGACCGCGUCAUGGCCCACUACGGACACAUCGAGUUCGUCGUCUCCAACUCGGGCACUGAGGUGUGGUCUUCCGAACUCGACGUCACCCAGGAGCUUUUCGAUCGUAUUUUCAACCUCAACUGCCGUGGUCAGUUCUUCGUCGCCCAGCAGGGCCUCAAGUACUGUAGCCGUGGCGGCCGCAUCAUUCUCACCUCUUCCAUCGCUGCUUCCAUGACUGGUAUCCACAACCAUGCUCUCUACGCCGGCUCCAAGGCUGCCGUCGAGGGCUUCACCCGCGCCUUCUCCGUCGACUGCGGCGAGAAGCAGGUUACCGUCAACGCCAUUGCCCCCGGUGGUGUCAAGACCGACAUGUACGACGAGAACUCGUGGCAUUACGUCCCCAAUGGCUACAAGGGUAUGCCCAUGGAGAUCAUUGACCAGGGUCUUGCCAACAUGUGCCCUCUCAAGCGGGUUGGCGUUCCCGCUGAUAUCGGCAAGGCUGUUGCCAUGCUCUGCAGCCCCGAGAGCGAGUGGAUCAACGGCCAAGUCAUCAAGCUCACUGGUGGAUCUGCUACUUAA